ACCACGAUCACAGACUUGGAACAAAGUCUAACCAGGUAGCUGAACGGAUACCAGUGAAAAAAAGACUCAUUGACAAAAUACGACGAUGAGUGAGUGGUAACAGUUGAAAUUCCAUCAGCACCGAGGAGACGAUGUAAACAAAAACUGUCGCUCAAAAAUCUAAAAAUAAUUAAAAAGGGCUGACCUUUUUUGACAGCAUUUGCCUUUGUUGACACCAUUGAAACUUAAAACAGUGGUUUAUAUUGAUCAUGGCUGAAGACAGUGGAAUGGCCCAAAUGGAAAAUGCUGUUCAGGGAAGUAUGAACGCUAAUGCUAUGGAUAUGGUCAACAGUUCCGUUGAAGUCAAACAACCUGUGAAGCAACAACCAAAAGCCAGACCAAAGAAAGCACCAGAAUUACCGAUCUUUGAACGCUGCAACUGGCUGAUACACCUGCAUUAUGUCAGAAAGGAAUUUGAAACUGCAAAGGUUUUGAUUAAAGAGCAGGUGGCCGAGACAAAUGGCAUGUGCGAAUAUCCUCUGUACGUCCAAGCUUUGAUUCUACGCCAGGAAGGACGCAUUCAGGAGUCUCUGGAAUGCUUCCAGACAUGUUCCCUCAUCAACGCUCAGAACUCAGACAAUCUCAAACAAGUAGCCAGAUCAUUGUUUCUUCUUGGAAGACACAAGGCGGCCAUUGAUGUAUAUUCGGAGGCGGCCAGAAUGAGCAGCAGAGAUUGGGAGAUUAGUCACAAUCAGGGCGUCUGCUUUAUGUAUCUCAAGGAGUAUUUGAAGGCCAAAGAAAUGUUAAAGCAGGCAAUCCAGUACAAUCGUCAUGACUUAUCGUACACCAUGCUGGCUAAGAUCUACUUAAUGGAAGGUGAUAUCCACAUGGCAAUUGACGUGUACAAAAGAGCGGUCGAAUUUUCUCCAGAGAAUCCUGAGUUAUUAACUACACUCGGAUUACUGUACCUCCAGUUGAGUCAAAACCAAAAAGCCUUUGAACACCUUGGAAACGCUUUGACGUAUGAUCCCAGUAAUGUUAAGGCUAUCCUAGCAGCUGGUAGCAUGAUGCAGCAACAUGGCGAUUUCGAAGUAGCCCUGACCAAGUACCGCAUCGCAGCUGCAUCCGUCCCAGAGAGUGCACCCCUCUGGAAUAACAUCGGCAUGUGCUUUUUCGGCAAGAAGAAAUACGUAGCAUCCAUAAGUUGCCUAAAGAGGGCGGCCUACCUGGCGUCGUUUGACUGGAAGAUCAUGUACAACCUGGGUCUGGUUCACCUGACCAUGCAGCAGUAUGCGUCGGCAUUCCACUACCUCAGUGCUGCCAUCAAUCUCAAACCCAAGAUGGGUCAACUCUUCAUGCUUCUCGCUGUUGCCUUGACCCAUCUUGAUGAUACAGACAAUGCCAAGCAAGCCUAUGACCAGGCCAUAGUUCUGGAUUC